AUGCCACGGAGCAGACGCCUCCGCCGGAGGCCGUCAACGCCGAACCUCCAGCAGGCCGGGAGCUCGCACACCGCCGAUCCUGCAUCACCACCCGAGACGCCCACCAGAUUUUCCCCAUUCUCCCGCAAAAGCAGCCUCAAACCACGACACCAGCCGCCUUUUGCUGCGCUGGCCGACGAUCCCCAUAUCCGGCCCGUAGGCGACGGGCACCAGUUCAGCUACAGGCCGUCAAUAGGGCCGGCGCAACUCAGCCCUAUGGACUCGUCUUCAGAUUCGUCGCAGGCUAUAGAUAGCUCGGAUGAAGAGGUGGAUGACGAGGAAGAUGACGAUGAACAAGACAGUUUGGGGCAAAAUAUGCCAAUGGAACUCAAUCGCUCGAGAUAUGAGAUCUUCUUGAGGAAACAGAGUCAAUCAGAUUCUGAAGAGGAGGAAUCCGAUGAAGAAGAGGAGGACAAUGCGAGCCAACGAGACAACGAUGAUCCAAGCGACAUCGAUGCGACGAAGCAGACUUCAUCAGCAAAGACAUCUGCCGUGGUCUGGGACAUACAAGUGGUCGAAGACAUGGACCCGAUGGACCCAGGCAGUCCUGCGCUUGAGAUACUCUAUCCUUAUGAGAUUGAGGCCUCGAGAGCUGGAACCCCCUCGACACAGAGAGACCACCCAAACAUCAGCCGGCCGCCUCCGUCGAGACUCAACCGCACAACAGCCGUGGCAUCGCCGUCUUCCUCCGACGAGGACUCGGAGGAGGAUUCGGAUAACUUGGAUUCGGACAACGACGAUGCAUGUACGGCGGAUCUCGAUCCUGAGCGCGCUGCCUUUGAGCGCCACCAGGAACAUAUGCGUCGCCUCCGUCGCGUGAGCAUGUCCAGCAGCGUCGGCAAACGCACGCACAGCGAGUUGUCGGACGACAGCGACGACGAAUUCCUCGACGUCAACGACGUCGGCUCCAGCGCUCGCCGCUUCCGGAAACGCCUGCACCGCAGCAGUCUCCUCUUCCACGACCCGCCGCAGAAGAUUGUCGAGCUGGAGGAGCCCAACUCGAGUGAAGACGAAUGGGUCAUCCGCGCCAAGGCGGGGCGCAAGCUGGCGCAGGAGCUGCCUUAUUUCUGGGAGAUGGAGGUCUCGGAAGUGGAAUCGAGCUACGACUUUACGUUCACGGUGGAGGACAAGACGAGAAAAUGA